CUAGACUGUACCAAGGGAGGGAGGCAGGGAGGGGGCUGUUUAGGAACGGGGUGUACCCACGUCGUGGCCUGUCGUUUGGACUCAACUUGCAGAGGCGUGUCAGCAGAAGAAAUCCUGGAAAUAGCCUCACGUUACCAUGGCCAGUCCCCCCUCCAGGGAUCAGGCAGACCGAAUCAGGUACAUAAAAGGGGACCUUUUUACUUGCCCCAGAACGGACUCAUUGGCUCACUGCAUCAGUGAGGACUGUCGCAUGGGCGCUGGGAUAGCUGUCCUAUUUAAGAAAAAGUUUGGUGGCGUACAGGAGCUGUUGGAUCAGCAGAAGAAGUCAGGAGAGGUGGCCGUUCUGAAAAGAGAUGACAGAUAUAUAUAUUACCUGAUUACGAAGAAGAAAGUCUCCCACAAACCAACAUAUGAGAAUAUGCAAAAGAGUUUAGAAGCCAUGAAAACUCAUUGUUUGAACAACGGGGUUACUGACAUUUCCAUGCCUAGGAUCGGAUGUGGACUUGACCGUCUGGAAUGGGAUAAGGUUUCAGCGCUACUUGAGGAAGUGUUUGAGGACACGGACAUUAAGAUCACAGUUUAUGCUCUCUGAACAAAGAUGCCUUAUGGAGAUGAUUGUUGAUUUCCCUUGCUGUAGAUUCAGGUGGCAUGGGAAUUGAUUUGGAGAAAAAGCUGUGUGUGAAGCAGAGCCCAUCUCCUCUUUGAGGAAUAAUUUACCAUUAGGUUUUUCCCAAUGGCAGGCAGUUGCUUCCAGAGAACCGGCUGGUUUGGAAUGUGUUGAUCAGAGUUCCAGAAUGAAGUAUCUAGUGUAAACCUUCAGGUUUAUAUAUAUCCCUCAGGGAUCCUUGCCUGUGAGUCACAUAGCCAACCACCAGAUGUCACUGUUCCUCCACUCUUCAGAAUACCCAUCUGCUUGUAAAGAAAUCUUUUCUUACUGUGGUGGUUUGUGUGUGUGGAAGUUUGAGGUAGUUUGGCACUUUUUAAAAUAUUCCAAAUCUUUGAAUUUAAGAGUUAUAUGUAUCUGUUUAUUGUGUUGUUUCAGAUAAUGAAGUGAAUAAUUGUGGAGAUCUGCUAUUUAAUUUAAAACAGUACAGUGUUCAGCUCAGACAUGCAGAUUUCCUUUGUUCUUUUAGUUAUUAAAAAUUAAAGUAUUAUCUUUUCAAAACAUAAGUGAGGUUUCCUGCUUUUAUCAGGAGUGUGUCUCUUAAGCAUCAUGCUAUAAAGUCUCAAGUACAUACUUUUUUAACUCUUGCUAUUGAACCAGAGUGCAACCCCUGUGUAAACCCAACUAUGUUCACAUUUCUCUCUGCCUUCUAUAUGAAGGCUGAACCUCUCAAGGGAACAUAAGUGUAUGGGGCAAAGAUUCCUAGGAGGUUCAUUUUGCCCCACAUAGUUGGUACAAGUAUCAGCAUGCAAGUGUUCUGAGAGACCACAUGUGAAUGGGCUAGUACGAUAUAAAGUGGGCUUAGCAUUAAAUGCAUGUAUAGGUUUUCAUCUUUACUUUUCAUCUAAGGGAUUUAUAGACUGCUAGUCAUUGUGGGGUCUAAGUGUCAUUCUGUUUCUACAUCUGGCAUUGCUAAACAGCAAUGAACAAAUCAUUAAUAAAUAGCAUAUUGAAUCUAG